AUAUAUAUUGUUUAACUUCAAAAGAAGACUUGCAUCACACAGGAUUUUUUGUUGUUGCUGUUGGUCGCAUGAAUUAUGCUAUUCUUAGUAAAACCAAUUCCAGAUGACGUUAAAUAACUGUCAGGUCUAAAAAUAUAAUAGCUCGAUAAGCUAUUUCAAUAUAGGCUAGUUAAUGUUCCUAAUAGUUGUAACUGUAGGUGUUUAAUAGUACAACGAUGAAAUAAAUACGCAGGCUGCAUUCAUCACCCUGUACAUAUAGGCUACAUAUAACUAUCCAUCAUCAAGCAGCAAUAGAGUAAAAAAUGAAAUUCAAAACUGUUCUUGAAGGACAACAGGCAGUCGUGUUUAACUAUCUUGGAGAAGGACGACUAAUUAAGGGUCCACAAAGGGUGUUUCUGUACAGAGAGAGACUACAGUACUUAAAAAAACACACAGCAGACCCUUACCAGUAUAUUGUUGUGAAGGACAAGGAUGGAUUGGUUCAACAUACACCUGGACCCUGCUUUCUCUUUAACAAUCCUCUUCUUUAUGAAUCUGUGACAGUGAAAGAGAGCACAAAGAUUGAUGCCAAUCACCUGAUUGUUGUGUACAAACGUUUGAAGGACUCUGAUGUGCAGAGAAGAAUCGUUCAAGGUCCCACUGUGUUUGUCCCAGAGGCUGAAGAGUGGAUACAUACAUUUACUUGGCAUGGUACAGAUCCACAAAACAAGGCCAGAAUGAUCCCUGGACAUAAUACAUUCCAGAAGCUAGCUGUGAUUCCAGACCAGUUUUACUACAAUGUCAGAGAUGUUCGAACACAGGAUGACACUAUGAUUACAGUGAAAUUAAUGCUGUUUUAUGAAUUGAAAGAUGUGACAAAAAUGCUGAACACAACAACAGAUCCAAUCGCAGACAUGAUGAAUGCUGUUUGUGCAGAUGUCAUUGCAUUUGCUGGAAAAGUUUCGUUUGAAGAGUUUCUGAGCAAGACCCAGAACCUAAGUGACCUUUCGACCUAUCCACAGCUUGUUCAACGGGCUGAAAAGAUUGGCUAUGUCAUUCAGAAAGUUGUGUAUAGGGGAUACCAUGCCAGUGAUAACCUGCAGAUGAUGCAAAAUUCUGCCAUUGAAUCAAGAACACAACUUCGACUGGAAUCAGAAAUUGAGGAACAGAAAUCCAAGCUAGAAAAUUUUAAACUCUCUAAAGAACAAGAGAGAACUAAAUUAGUACAUGACAUGGAGAAAGCCAAACAAGACCACAAGCAGAAGAUAGCAGAGUUAGAACAAGAACACAAACUAGAACUACGUGAGAUGGAGCACCACAAAAUGCUGGAGACUUCAUCUUUAUUCACAAAGGCAAAACUUGAUCUGAGUACAGCAGAAAAGGCAUGGGAAUGUGAAUUUCUGAAGAAUCUGGAUGAUUUAAAUGUCAACUUGACAGAUUAUCUCGUGACCCAGAAUGGCCCCCCUGUAGCUGAAGAAAUCCGAGUCGUAAAUACUGAAGCAAAUGGAACAAAACUCUGAAAAGUCAUUCGUUUACUUUAACUUCUGAUGUUUACCAGCUUAUUCAUAUUGAUUUCCCAUUUUAUAAAGAUUAAAACUGAAUUUAUUUCUUAGUACAGAGUGCAGAAUUUGCAGUGCAUGUUUUAUAAUUGAGGAUGAAUUGAAGUUUUUUUGAUAAGAAACAUGCUGGAAAUUUGCAUCAUUUAAUUUUGAUCAAAAUUUCACUGGGUGUGAAUGUUCUGAUUUAUUGCAUCUUGAUUUGACUUGUUUUAUCAAGAUUAUUUAGAAUUAACAAAAUUUUUGUUUAUAUUGUAAGAUUUUUCCCCUUGUUUUUCCAUAAACAUUUGCAUAGUACAUGAAGUGUAUAAAUGUGUGAAGUAACAACUAAUUUAUUACAAUGUUACAAAUUGAUAAUAGUAACAUUAUUGGACAGUCAUAAACUAGUAAUACAAUCAACAUAUAUUUUUCCUUUGUUUCCAUGAAUGAUAU